AAGAUGACGUGGACGCCGCGCUGAGGAGACUUCCGGAGUGCGGCCAUGGCGUGCAGUGGCCGAAGGCCGGAGCACCGCGGGCCUCCCGAGCUGUUUUACAACGAGGACGAGGCCCGGAAGUACACUCACAACUCACGGAUGAUUGAAAUCCAGACACAGAUGUCAGAACGGGCCGUGGAGCUCCUCAGUCUACCCAAGGACCAGCCCUGCUUCCUGUUGGACGUUGGGUGUGGUUCUGGGCUCAGUGGUGACUUCAUCUCGGAGCAGGGGCACUACUGGGUGGGCAUUGACAUUAGCUCUGCCAUGCUGGAUGUGGCUGUGGAUCGAGAAGUGGAAGGAGACCUGCUUCAGGGGGACAUGGGUCAGGGCAUCCCCUUCAGGCCAGGGUCAUUUGAUGGUUGUAUUAGCAUUUCUGCUGUGCAGUGGCUCUGCAAUGCUGACCAGAAAUUGCACAACCCUGCCAAGCGCCUGCACCGGUUUUUCUCAUCCCUCUAUUCUGCUCUGGCCCGAGGAGCUCGAGCGGUCCUGCAGCUGUAUCCCGAGAAUGCUGAGCAGUUGGAGCUGAUCACCGCGCAGGCAAUGAAGGCCGGUUUCACUGGAGGUAUGGUGGUGGACUUCCCCAACAGUGCUAAAGCUAAGAAGUUCUUCCUCUGUCUGUUUGCUGGCACAUCAGGUGUGUUGCCCAAGGGCCUGGGCACUGAGUGUGGAGAUGGGCAAGAGGUGAAAGAGUCCAAGUUCUCCAAUGAAAGGAUCCGGUAUAAGACAGCAAAGGGGAAGUCUGUGAAGAAGAGCCGAGACUGGAUCCUGGAGAAGAAGGAGCGGCGGCGGCGGCAGGGCAAGGAGGUUCGAGCUGAUACACGUUACACUGGCCGCAAGCGGAGGCCCUCACUUUUGAGCAGCUCCUCAUAUCCUUUGGAGCCAAUUCAGAACUCACACCCUUUGCUGUUGGGCAGCUCCAGCUUGUGUCCUGUUUGUCUGCCACAAUCCAGCCUUGGCUGUAGGUUGACCUGCUGCUGCUGUCCGCCUUCCAAGAGAGCAAGGCAGAAGCAUCUGUUGGUUCCAGGGCCACGGGGCUGGGCCCCUGCGAUUUUCAACUCUCCAUUUGUGCCUUAACUUUGCUGACUCAAGGGAUCAUUACAAACCAUAGAUUCUUCAGAAGGGGCAGAUUUGGCCAGGGGCCUCGGGGUGCAGAAAUGUAGGGGUGAGGCCUGUGCCUGGCCCACUCCUGUUCUCUGGUCUUUCUGUUUGGAAGAGCCUGCCCAACAGUGAAAUGACAUCACAGGCAUUGGGAAGGGCCCUCCAAAAAAAGACUUACAGUUAUUUCAUCUUAUUUUUGAAUAAAGUAAAACUUGGCAAAAGUGAAA